GUGUCCUUCUCUAGUGGAUAUUGUCUACCUCCUUUAACAAUGCUACACACACAAGUUCAACUCUCAUGUGGGAAGUUGAAAGCAAUAAUUGAUGAGUACAGCACAAGAGUGGGACAGCAGGCUGUAGUUCUGAUUGUCACACCAGGGAAACCUCAAAAUAAUUUCAAGGUGUUUGGAGCUCACCCACUGGAGAACGUGAUUAGAAAUUGUCGACAGGUGAUUAUUCAAGAACUAGAAUCAGCCUUGGCCGAGCAAGCUCCACCUCAACACAUGGACGAUCUGACCAUGCAUGAGCUUCCUCCAUUGGUGAUAGAUGGAAUUCCUACACCAGUAGAGAAGAUGACACAGGCUCAGCUUCGUGCCUUCAUUCCACUCAUGUUAAAGUAUUCAACAGGGCGGGGGAAGCCAGGCUGGGGGAAGGAAUCAACUCGACCUCCAUGGUGGCCUAAGGAUGUUCCAUGGGCUAAUGUUCGCAGUGAUGCUCGAAAGGACGAAGAGAAACAAAAGGUUUCUUGGACUCAUGCUCUCAGACAGAUUGUAGUAAACUGUUAUAAAUAUCAUGGACGAGAAGAUCUGUUACCUGCUUUUAAUGACGAAGAGGAAAUAGACAAGGGAAAGACACUGUACACUCAACCAAUAACACACUAUGCUCCAACAAUGGUACAAACAAUCAACAAUCCAGACGGAACAGUUUCAAUUAUACAAGUAGAGCCAGGUAGUGCUGUUGUAACUCUUCCAGAUGGAACCCAAGCCCAAGUUCGAGCUGUGAGUGCAAUUCAAGGAACUCAAGCAGAUAUUAGUCACAACGUUCAUACUUUAGCUGAAGUAGCUGUAGCAUCACAGCAAGAUGUUGGUGGAGCAAGGAGUCACCAAGUUACACCACUAACUGUUGAUCUGCAUGGAGAAGUAGCUGCACAAGCUGUGGCAACAUUAGCUGAAGCAACACUAAAUUCUGAUGGACAGAUUAUUCUUACAGGAGAAGAUGGAACACAGACAGCAUUUCCAGUGUCUGGCAUGGUGACCAUUCCAGUAUCCAUGUAUCAAACUGUAGUCACCAACAUUUCACAGCUGAGUGAAGGUCAAGCAUCUCACCAUGCACUUAUGGCUCAUGUUUCAGUUGGGAACACAAAUGAAACCAGUACGAAUGGAACUAGAGCUGGUGACGGAGUUGAAUCAAUGAACGAGGCUUCCAGUGUAGGGUCAGGAGACAGUUAAGUCUGCCAGUGAAGAUAGUUGAAUGUUCUGUAAUAUUCUGAUUCCUAGCUACAUCCAUGUGCUUGUGACUGUUGUUUCAAUAGUUAAGAGUGUGCAAACAUCAUUAAGUGAUAUACAUUCUUAAUGUUAGACUGACUGACCGUAGAAAGCCUACUGCUUCAUAAAGUUCUAGAAGCUAGAGUGAGGGAUGUUAUGUGUUCUAUAUGUUUUGAUCAUGUUGAAAUCUGAACACAAAACUACACCGUGGUUGUUUUUACCAGUACAUUGUUGUGACAGUUUCAUUCUAUUUUAUAGACAUAAAAAAUGUUUUCAUUACUUUAAAAAUUCACAGUUUUUCUACUUUUCGGUAAUUGUAGUAAAAGUUGCAUAUUUUUAAAUAUUCUGAUAGCUUUGUGAACAAAUUAUCAGAUGGAUAUCAACAUUUUUUUUGAAUGACAACGUCUAACUGCAUUAAACAAUGCAUUAACACAGGAGUUCCCAAAACUGUUUUUCCUAGGUCCAACAGUUGAGAUUCAUUAGGCCCACUGACAUGGUGUUGAUCAGAUUUAAACUUUUGCUACAUGUAAAAACAUUCAAUUAUCACAAUAUAUACUUUAAGCUUAAAUGAAAAUUAUUUUUGUUUUACAGGAUUUAAGAAUCAGUUUUUUGAUACCUUAGCGUUUUAUCAUCAUAUUGCUUUAUCUUGUACAGUUUUUUUUUUAAAUCACCAACAACUAGUAACAGCAUUAAUAACAAGUCUGUUGUCUAUGAAACAAUCUGUGAUAGGGUUGUUCCAUGAACAGUAGUUUGGGAACUUCUGCAUUAACCUUGUGAAGAAUUUCUUUGGGAUAUUAUAAUUUGUAGUCGACUGUAAAAACUCUAAAUUGUUGACCUUUCGGGCCCCAGUUAAGGAACAGGAUAAGUUUCAACAUUUACAUGAUUGUUCAUGUGUAGAACUAGUCAUCCAGUAAUUGCAGUGUUAAUUAUAUUACAUUGUUAUUCUAUGAAAACAGUUUAAUAACAUACGAUUCUGUAUAUAAUGCUAAGCCUAGCGCCUGGAAAUAAAACUUGGUUAAUCUUUUGAUAACAGCCAUUAAUAUUUACAUAUUGUGGAAUAAUAAACUAGUUCUUCUGAGCUGUCCAUGCAAUUCAAAAAUUUAGCAAGACCCAAAACUGAUAAUCAUUCAUAUGAUACCUAAGUAUUUAAAUAUAUGAAUAAUUUGAUAUUUAAGCAGGCAUCUUUUAACUGAAAAGCACUUUCUUUCAUAAUUUUCACUAAAGAUAAACGUAGAAGCAACUUUAUGUACUUGUAUUUUUUCAAUUAGAACAGUGUAUUCUGGUGUAAAGUGUUCUGAUAGGGCCAUUUGUGUAAUCUAAAGCAAAUGUUGCUAAUUUUCAAUUUGUAAAUAUUGCAAGUUUGAUCUCGGCUAUUUUCAAAAGUUUCUUCAAAACACGCUCGAAUUACUUAAAGGUAAAAGAAUACAAUAAAAAAUUUAAAACUUAUCUCAAAACCUGAAAAAAAAAAACCUGGAAAUUUACCCUCCCCUUUUCUUCAGAACCUGCAUACUGUUAAACUAUGUCAUUUCUUGAUAUAUUGUAAUAUAAUCUUAGCCAAUCUCUCUGUUCUUUGAUGAUUAUUAUCUAAUACAAUAUUCUUAAUUAUAGGCUAGAUCAACUAUUAUUUUAAAUUCGACGACGAGGAACCCACUUUGAGACUAAUAAUGGCUGGAGA